CAAACGCAAGUUAUUAUACACACGAGAGCCAGAAGAGUGCACGUCCCGCGCGCGCGCGCGUGCGUGCGUAUAUGGCCGCGGCUACGACGACGACGACGAUGAGCCUCCGGCGCGCGGAGCUGUACGCGGUGGCCGCGUCGGCCGCGGACGGGGUGUCGUGGUGCUGCGCGGUGGCGCUCGUCGCGGUCGUGCUGCUGGGCGCGCUCCGCGCGGAGGCCGUGGACGGCGGCGGCGGCGCCGUGGCGGAGUUCCGGGGCCCACGGCUGGGCGGCGCGGCGGCCCGCCCGUGCGAGGAGGUGUACGUCGUCGGGGAAGGCGAGACGCUGCACACCAUCAGCGACAAGUGCGGGGACCCCUUCAUCGUGGAGAGGAACCCGCACAUACACGACCCCGACGACGUGUUCCCGGGUCUCGUCAUCGCGCUCCAGCCUACAAAGAACACUUAGGCCUAUCCGGUUUGAAGAAAAUUCACGAGAAUUUUAGAGGAAUUAGGGUUUUUUUUACGAAAAUCAUGUAAAUUCAUGUAUUCCGAAUAAGACCUGGUUUCGUACGUGCGAGCGCGGGAGGUGAGCAAGAAGAACUCGAAGAGUUCUCUCCCCCUUGCACUUGUCUUUUUCGAUCUUUGUCAUACUGGUGAAUUCUGUGUGAGGGAAAAGUUGUCGACCUGUAUAUAAUAGAACACAAGGAAAGUAUAGUUGAACGAACCGGCUCUAGCUUAAUUCGCCUUUCGUUUUUGCUGUU